AUGGAAAGUUGUGAUUCUGGAGUAACAAGUCCUGUUUUGAGGGUUACUGCAGAAAUUACAGAAAUAAAAGAAAAACAUGAAAGAAAUGCUAAUCACAAUUACAGUGUGUCACCAUCAUUGACAAGUAGAGAAUGUAAAAACCAUCCAGCAUAUACUAAAAAGAAGUUUUUAAAGCCUCUAUAUGGAUGCAAUCCAUAUGAAAGAAGCAAUUGUGGAGGUAGUUACGUUUCCAGCCAACACAAUCCUAAAAAUAAUGUCAGUUCAUUCACACAGAGAGUUAUGUCAGCUAAACUAUUACGAAUGAAACAGCUUCAAAAUCAGCUUUAUGAAACACAAGCUAAAUUGAAUGAAGUUAUGCAAGAAAAUAGAACACUAAAAACAGUGCAACAAAGACAAGAUAGUGUUCUAAAAAAAUAUGAAGGAAAUCAAGAGCAGUUACCACAGUUAAUGCGAUCACAUCAUGAGGAAAUCAGAGUUCUUAAUGAGAAAUAUAAGCAGCUCAGAAAUAAUUAUAAAGAAUUAGAAAGUAGAUUGAAGUUAAAAGAUAAUGAACUAACAAACCUUAGGGAACAACACAAACAUCUGUUAAAACUCUCAAAGGAUAAACAUCUUGGAGAAAGGGAAAAGUUAUCUAAAAAAGUAGAAGAAAUGCAAACCACAAUUGAUGAACAACGGAAGAAAAUAUUUAUGCUGAGUAAAAAAUUGGAUUUAGAGGAGAAAAGCUUCAAUCACCAACUGAACCAAGAAGUAGCAAAGCAGAAAAAAGUACAAAGUGAAUUACACGGUGCCUUAGAAACUAUUAACCAUCUCAAAGCUUCAUUAGAGGAAAAAGAAAGACUGUCAACUUCCUCAUUUCGUAGGUCAACCCAGAGUUCUGGAAAAAAUCAUCAAACCCCUCUAAGAGUUUCAUUUCGACAGCCCCAGCAAAAUGCCAGAACUGACACUGCUGUGGAAAAUGAGUCCGAAACUACAGAUGAUUCCUUUACAAUGAACUACAGUCCUGUAGCUCAUAGAAGCAGCAGUCUUGAAUCAGAUUCUUCUGGGUCAGCCAAAGAACAAAAUCAAACGGAUAACAGAACUCUACCUGCCAGUAACUCUUAUGUGAGCAUACUGAACUCUAAAUUGAAAAAUGGACUAAAAAUAUCUAGAAAUUCGGCAAAUAUUACAACUAAUGAGUCAUCCAAACAUGAUCAAAACAUUGUUACUGGGAAAAAAGAAUUUAUAUUCAAAUCAGAAGAAUCAAAGGUAAGAAGGAAACUUCAAGCACAAAGGGCAUAUCAAAAACCUUCUGCAGCAAAAUCAGAUUCAAGGAGAAGUAGUUUAAAUAAGUCAGCUAAUAAUAUAAAUAAAACAAAUGAUAAAGAAUAUGAAAAAUUAGAUCAAGCUAGCUCAGAAGAGCAAAUAAAGAAAAAUGAUAAAGAAAAACUAUUUCUUUCAAGUUCAACAGAAAGCAAUGAAAUAAAAACUGGAAAAACGGAAGUAUCAGCCAAAUCUGAAAAAAUUGACAAUGAUAUGAAACUGGAUUUAGACACAGAAUUUGAAAAAUAUUUUCAAAACACACACCUAUCAGAUGAGGCAAUUAAUGAAUUUUACCAGAAAGAUUUUAGAGAAGAAAUUUAUGAAUUGGAAAGAAAAUUUCAAGAGCUAAAUCAGCAGAACAAUGAAAAAAUUGAAAAUAUGAAAGCUGUGAAUAGGCCCAGUCAUAUUGCAACAUCAUCAGCUGAGAGCGAAUCAGACGAGAUAAAUUCUUCAAUAGUGUCACAACGAGAAGAAAAUAAAAUUGAAAUAGAAACUCCAAACACAACCGAGGAUUUAGCAGUAACUGAAACAAAAUCAGCUAUGCCACCGCUUGGAGAGACUCAAAAAGCUGAUCUUUUGAAAGCAUUAAGUAGUAUCGACAAUGCUUUAAACAAAAAUGCCCAAGGUGAUAGAAUUGAACUUCCACAAAUAGCAAACAGUCCCAUUCUCACUUCAGAAAUGUCUUAUUCUGACAAAGUAAAUGAAAUCAAGAAUAACUACUCUCGGACCAGGAGGAAGUCCGAAGUUAUAAAAGACCUUUUUGGAGGUGAUGCUGCUGUGCUCAAAUCGUAA